GGUGAUAAGAAACGUCAGAGAGAAGUUCAGGCUGAAUCAAGUAGGCUAAAAACCGAGCUUCAUCAAAGACAACAAAAAGAGAUCCAAGAACUUAAAGCGAAGGAAAGCAUUGAGGAAACAAAUAAUUUCGGUGAAUCUACUUCAAAAGACAACGUUAAGUUUAAAAAAAAGCAUAUCGUGGAUCAACUGUAUGCAAGGUUAGAGGCGACGCGUAUUGAAGAGGAAGAAAACAAAAAACCCAAUACACCCGCAAUCAAUGGAAUAGCAAAUAAACAAAGAAAACCAAAUAGACAUAAAUUACGAAAGCUUGCCAAGGAACAGAAUGAGGCCGCAGAAGAGGCUAAGAACCAAAUUAAUAUGAACGAGGUUGAAAGCAAUGCAAUUACAGAAUUAAUUAAGCCCAUGGGAUUAGUUGUAGAGGAGGUGAUGCAAUAA